ACCUCCAUCCAAUCCUCCUCUUCCUUCUCUCUCUCACUCACUCUCUUCUGCAGUCACAGCCUCCAAACAACCAUCCAUCACCCCCCCUCCCACCCCCUAAACUUACAACCCCAGAAAGAAACUCUGCAAACAUUUGGAAUUAGAUUCACUCCACUUGGAGGGACUUUGUGUGGUGUCCCGGGCGUGUCGCAGGGAGCCUCUCGCCACAACUUUCCUGCUAAGAGAGGGACACGCUGACUUCCCCCCCUGUCCUGAGACACACACGAGCCACCUGCCGUAGUUUUAGAACCUCCCCAUCACCAAUCCGGGCUGGUUGGGAGGUGGGCUGGGCAUUCAGCACCGGCAUGGAAGUCGCCACCGACCAGCCUCGCUGGAUGGCUCACCACGCCGUGCUGAACGGGCAGCACCCGGAGACGCACCAUCCAGGACUGGCUCAUAACUACAUGGAACCGGCGCAGCUCCUACCUCCGGAUGAAGUCGAUGUCUUCUUCAAUCACCUGGACUCCCAGGGCAACCCCUACUAUGCCAACUCGGCCCACGCCAGGGCCAGGGUGUCCUACAGCCAAGCUCACGCCCGUCUGACUGGGAGUCAAAUGUGCCGGCCUCACCUGAUUCACAGCCCCGGGAUCCCCUGGCUGGACAGCGGCAAAGCGGCGCUCUCGGCAGCCCAUCACCACAACCCUUGGACGGUGAAUCCCUUCACCAAAGGGCCCCUGCACCCUUCCGCCGCUGGAGCCCCCGGGGCCAUCUCCGUGUACCCGGGCAGCAGCACCUCCAGCACGGCCUCGGUCUCCUCGCUCACCCCGGCCUCGCACUCCGGCUCCCACCUUUUCGGCUUCCCACCCACCCCUCCCAAGGAGGUGUCCCCGGACCCCAACUCCACCAGCGCAGCCUCGCCCUCUUCCUCGGCCGGGGCCCGGCAGGAGGAGAAGGACACCAUCAAGUACCAAGUGUCUUUGUCGGACGGGAUGAAGAUGGAGAGUGCCAGCCCGCUGCGGACCAGCUUAACCUCCAUGGGGGCCCAGCCCUCCACCCACCACCCCAUCCCCACCUACCCCUCCUAUGUGCCGGCUGCUCACGAGUACAGCAGCAGCCUCUUCCACCCGGGCAGUUUCCUAGGCGGCCCAGCCUCCAGCUUCACCCCCAAGCAGAGGAGCAAAGCUAGAUCCUGCUCAGAAAGAAAUCCGGUUUCUUCGUGUUUCCAUUUAGAAGGCAGAGAGUGUGUGAACUGUGGAGCUACUGCCACCCCUCUCUGGAGAAGAGACGGCACUGGGCAUUACCUGUGUAACGCCUGCGGGCUCUACCACAAAAUGAACGGUCAAAAUCGACCACUCAUUAAACCUAAACGAAGACUGUCAGCGGCUAGGAGAGCAGGGACCUGUUGUGCCAACUGCCAGACAACCACCACCACCUUAUGGCGACGUAAUGCAAACGGAGACCCAGUUUGUAAUGCCUGUGGACUUUACUAUAAAUUGCACAAUGUGAACAGGCCACUGACCAUGAAGAAGGAAGGAAUUCAGACCAGGAAUAGGAAAAUGUCUAACAAAUCAAAGAAAAGCAAGAAAGGCUCUGAGUGUUUUGAGGAACUGUCCAAGUGCAUGCAGGAGAAAUCCUCUCCAUUCAGUGCCGCUGCCCUCGCCAGUCACAUGGCACCAAUGGGGCAUUUGCCACCUUUUAGCCACUCUGGACACAUCCUACCAACUCCUACUCCAAUUCACCCAUCUUCCAGCAUCUCAUUUGGACAUCCACAUCCAUCUAGCAUGGUUACAGCCAUGGGAUAGAAUCUGAGU